UAAUCCCCGCGGUGUGACUGGACGCGUCACUGAAUCAACAUGGCGGCGGUUAGGGCACUCGCUAGAGGUGUCCGAUUGGGUUCAAAUAGCAUCGGUAGAAAUCGCAGUUUAAUAUUUAACAGUGUACAGAGACGAGGAAUAGCAGCUUGCAUUGAUCCCUCCAUAGGACUCACAGAUGAGCAGAAAGAGUUUCAGAAGGUGGCCUUUGACUUUGCUGCCAACGAGAUGGCUCCACAUAUGGCAGAAUGGGACCUAAAGGAAAUUUUCCCGGUGGAGGCCAUGAGGAAAGCCGCCCAGCUGGGGUUUGGUGGGAUUUACGUGAACCCUGAUGUUGGGGGGUCGGGACUCUCUCGUCUGGACACCUCUAUCAUAUUUGAGGCUUUAUCCACAGGCUGUGUCAGCACUACAGCAUACAUCAGUAUUCACAACAUGUGUGCCUGGAUGAUAGACACAUUCGGAAACAAUGAGCAAAGGGAGAAAUUCUGUCCUGAUCUCUGCUCUAUGCAGAAGUUUGCUUCAUACUGUCUCACAGAACCAGGUAGCGGGAGUGAUGCCGCUUCGCUUCUAACCAGCGCUAAGCUCCAAGGAGAUCAUUAUAUCCUGAAUGGCUCCAAGGCGUUCAUCAGCGGAGGUGGAGACACAGAUGUUUAUGUGGUCAUGUGCAGGACCGGUGGGAAGGGACCUAAGGGCAUCUCCUGCCUGGUGCUUGAAAAAGGAACCCCGGGACUCAGCUUUGGCAAAAAAGAGAAGAAGGUAGGUUGGAACUCGCAGCCAACCCGAGCCGUGAUAUUUGAGGACUGCGCUGUCCCAGUGACCAAUCGGCUUGGAGCAGAGGGGGAGGGCUUCACCAUUGCCAUGAAAGGCCUAAAUGGAGGCAGAAUUAAUAUUGCUUCUUGCUCUCUUGGAGCAGCACACGCAUCUGUGCUUCUGGCCCGAGAUCACAUGUGUGUGCGGAAACAGUUUGGAGAAGCACUAUCAAACAGCCAGUUCCUGCAGUUUAAGCUGGCUGAGAUGGCCACUAAGCUGGUAGCAUCUCGACUGCUGGUGCGUCAGGCGGCGGUGGCUCUGCAGGAGGGACGACCAGACGCCGUCUCACUCUGCUCAAUGGCCAAACUCUUCGUGACAGAUGAAUGUUUUUCAAUAUGUAACCAGGCCUUACAGAUACAUGGAGGUUAUGGUUACCUAAAGGACUAUGCAGUGCAGCAGUACGUCAGAGACAUUAGAGUACAUCAGAUAUUGGAGGGUACUAAUGAAGUGAUGAGGAUGAUCAUUGCGAGAAGUUUGCUCACUGAAUCAUGAUGCUCAUGAAUGGACUCCUGUAUGGGACAAAAUGUGUCUUUGUGUCUUCCUUGUCUAAAAUAUUACUAUGUCCAUCACAUGUGACUGUAGAGAUCACUGAUCUUUCACACUCCAGUUGAUUUUGAUCCUGAGAUGUCAACGGUAUUUAUGCAGAAUGUUCAGAAAGUUUGUGCCUUAGACUUGUGAACCAGUAAAUCUAGAUGACAUACUGAGGAAUUUGGUUUUGUUUAGGGUCAAAGUACUGGCAGGUUACAAAACGAUGUGGAAAGGGAAACACUGGCUACAACAUUAAAAUGAAGUAUUUACAAAAGUUACUGAAACACUAGUUUAGUUGAAAUUAUCCCCAAAUCUAACAAUUUUGUGUACCUAUAAAAAUCAUAAUAAUUAAAUGUUUAGUAUUUACUUUUCUUAUCACAGAAAGCUGUCUUUGUGAGAUCGAUUUCAAAGCACAGAAAAUCCAAUUACAUUGUUUGUGCUUAUUAUAGAGUGUAUUAUUCUGAUCCUCCUCCUCAUUGUUUUUAAAAUGACUCUUGUGACUUUAACUGUUGUGUACCCUGUGAAAUAAAAAGAAAAUAAUAAAAAACUGAUUAAACUUUU